AAUUAUAAAGAAAAAAACAAGGAUAAUUAUGAAGAUGAUGAAUCAGCCACUGCAUUUUUUACACAUAAUAUACGCAUAACAAAGAUAAUGUACUCCCCCAUGCCAAUUGAAUAUCCUCCAACUGCCCCAGAUGGUUAUGCUGUUGUAUUUAAUGUAGAUGGGUGGUCACAUCCUGAUGCAGUUUUUAAGAAUAUCCAAUAUUCGCUUGGUGAACCAAGUGGUAUAUCUUCAGCAAAAAGUCCAUUUUUUGAUGGAAUCAAGGUCAAGAUAACACACAAAAAAUGUCAAGAAGUCAAGAUAUGUGAGUUUUGUCAUUCCAGUCUGAAAAACAUGAUACAUACAAUGGUAGAUACAGAUUCAAAUCAAUUUAAGCAGAUACAAAAUGAAAUAUUAAAGGAUUUGUAA